CCACAACACCUGUGACCCAGGUGCAGGGUGUUGCAUCCGAAGUCAUUCCCGCAGUUAACGUCUCGUCAAACAGUUCUGAUUCACAACCGAGUGCGACCACCGCCAUCCCCGCAGUCCUGUCUAAUCUCUCAUCCCAGGACAAAAUGACCCAUUUCGCGGGCCCGGGUGCAGUGGAUAUAGGGCUGAAAGCGCCCCAUAGUGGAGACAAGAUGAUUGUGGCUAUGGAGGGAAAUGGUAGUGCAACUUCACACCCGCCCACACAGCCAGACCCAAAUAGAGCAUCACCCACUCUCCUAUCCCCGCAUGCAGACACCUCUGCAAGCACAGCCACAGCCACAGCCACAGCCACACCCGCUCUGUCACCCACCCAUACACACAAAGCCACACAUCACACGCCAACGCACACGCACACGGCCACGCUAUCACCAGCCAAAAGCAAACCUCUGGCACUUGUCCUCAACGGCGCGAAGCUUCGCGUGCAGAGUCUGUUGCAUAGACUGCUCAACCACACGCGCGGCACUGAGCGACUCACACCCGUGGCGCAGGUGGGUGUGCUGAACGAACUGGCCAACAGCAGCCAAGAGUGGUACAGAAAUAAAAGCGGGACGGGCAAGGAGGACUGGGCGGAGGUGGUAGAGAUGGUAUGUGAUGCGCUGGGAGAGAGUCUGGUGCAUGAGGUCAAGGAGAUCAGAGCGGCAGCGCUGCGAGUGGCCAGGGUGUUGGUGGUGGAUAAGGACUCGGCACAGA